ACACCACCAUCCCCCACCGGCCACCACUUCUGCUCCGCGUCCGCUUUUCAGCUCUCCACCGCUAUCUCGCACGUCGCUCCCCAAAUCAUCCCAUCCUACGCCCGCGGCCGUGGCACCGAAUCCAGAAGCGUCUAGAAGGGGGAGGUGGUCGCCCAUGACCGUCUGACCGGCCGUCGCCAUGGGAUGCGCUGGAUCCACUCCAAAGACUGACGAUAAUGGUAAGAAUUUGAAGAAACCAAAGCCUUGGAAGCACACCCAAGCAAUAACGCCGGCACAACUCAGACAGAUGCGUGAUGAAUUUUGGGACACUGCUCCUCACUAUGGUGGACAGAAAGAGAUUUGGGACGCACUUAGAGCCGCUGCAGACUCUGACCUAGCGCUUGCGCAAACCAUAGUGGAUAGUGCUGGCAUCAUCGUAUCGAAUUCUGACAUGACACUUUGCUACGAUGAAAGAGGUGCCAAAUAUGAGCUUCCAAAGUACGUUCUAAGCGAGCCAACAAACUUGAUCAGGGACGGUUGAAUUGAUAAAAUAAACGUGGGGUCCAAUGUAAAUUAUGUGGAUCACAUUAUUAUACUGACAUCACGUUGGCAUGAUUUUGGAACUUCAAUAAUAUUAUGAUGUGCUAGAUUCUGAUUUUA